ACUGUGAAGCAUGAAGAGCUUCUUCUAAGAUUGAAGUGUCAACUUCAGUCCAUCAGCACCUCCCCACGCCUGCUGGGCUAAUGGUUUUUCCCAGCAGUAUAUAAGACCAUCCAGCGUUCAGUCACCCCCAGAGCAUACCGAAUUGCUGGAGAGCAGUUUAGGGGGGAUGAAAAGGACCAUUAAGACUUUGCAAAGGACGUUUCGAAUGCCUAAGGUGGUCCUCCCUGCUGUAUGAGACGAAGGAAGUCCUCUACAGCUUCUAAUCCUCAAGCACUGGAGAUGCUCCAUGCGUCCUGGGUAUUGUCCUAACAAGCUGUGCCAAGUUGCGCCACCACUUGUGUAACUUUGACGCCCAAGUCUUGACCUGCAGAGAUGAACGGGACUUUCUUCAACCAGACGGUGCUGGACCAAGGGGCUUACAACAACUCCUCACAGGGUCUGGAAUCUUUGAUGGGAUGCUGCAAUGGUACCCGACCUGUGAUCACCAGCGAUGGUGGUGGCUCUUUGGUCCUGAUUCCUGAUGAAAGAAGCCUCUUCAUCAACAGGGUGGUGCAGAUCGCCGUGCUCUGUGUCCUCUCUCUCACCGUGAUCUUUGGCGUUUUUUUCUUGGGCUGCAACUUACUCAUCAAGUCUGAAAGUAUGAUUAACUUCUUGGUGAAGGAUAGGAGGCCAUCUAAGGACGUGGGAGCUGUGAUCUUGGGUCUUUACUGAAGGAUGAGCUCCUUGCUCCUAAAGACUAUAUGGUGGUCCUUCAUAUCUUGGACUUUGUGGAUGCUACCAAGAAAACGCCGCAUGGAUCUUCUCUUGACUUGGCUGUGUGUGGAGAGUGCCAAACGAAAAACCCACUUUGACUGAAUGUGAUUUUUUUU